CAGAGCUUCUUCUUUACCAUUUUCAAUAUUCUGUGUGUGGAUUUUGGUUUUGAGAAUGGAAAGUUUCUUCAAGGUGGUGCUUUUGUUCCUCUGCUUUCUCCUUAUUGCAAAUGUAUCAGAACUCAAAGCUGCAGAGGAAAAAUGCCAGACGAAAAGGUGCAAACACCAAACCAUCCGUUUCCCUUUCGGACUAAAAGGGCUGGAGCCAGACCUCUGUGACUGUGGCUAUCCCGGGUUUGAUAUAUCCUACAUAGAGAAAAAGCGGAUGGUGCUAGAACUGCCACAAAAUGUCAAGUUGGUGGUGAAGCAUAUAGAUUAUAGAGCACAGACGAUUCAGUUAUCCGAUCCAGGAGGUUGUCUGCCACUACAGCUUCCCAAUCUCAAUUUAUCUCUAUCUCCCUUCUGGUUUACAGGAAGCGACCCACCACAAAAAUACACUUCUUUCAAUUGUUCAAGGGAGGAUAAUUGGUUUUUUCAACGUGACAAAUACUACAAGAUUCCUUGCUUAAGCAGUCCAGAAUUCCAAGUUCUAACUACACCUUCUGAUUCUUCACCUACCUUUAGCUUGGUGAAUUGCAGUAGAACAUUGCUGAACAUUUCUGAGACAGCAGUAUAUUCAGAGAUGUUGCAUUACAAGAGAGGUGAUAUUGUUCAGUUAAGUUGGUCCAAACCAAACUGCACAAAAUGUGAAGCAGUAGGCAGGAAAUGCAAAUUGAGGAAUGAUAACAUACAUGGCGAAAUAGAGUGUUUUGGUACCACCAAGAAAGAAAGAGAGAGGCGAAAAAUUCUAUUGGCUAUGGCCAAAGGAAUUGAGUACUUGCAUCAUGGUUGUGACCAGCAAAUCCUUCAUUUUGAUAUCAAGCCUCACAAUAUCUUGCUAGACAAAAAUUUCAAUCCAAAGAUAUCUGAUUUUGGUCUAGCAAAACUGUGUUCUAAGGAACAAAGUGCUGUUUCCAUGACAGCAGCUAGAGGAACCAUGGGAUAUAUUGCACCUGAGGUAUUGUCUAGAAACUUCGGAAAAGUUACACAUAAAUCAGAUGUUUAUAGUUUUGGAAUGCUAUUGUUGGAAAUGGUAGGAGGGAGGAAGAAUGCUGAUGCUACAGUGGGGAGUACGAGCCAACUUUAUUUUCCGGAAUGGGUGUAUAAUUGCUUGGACAGAGGAGAAGAGCUGAGGAUUAGAAUAGAAAAUGAAGGGCAUGCCAAGAUAGCAAGAAAACUUACAAUUGUUGGACUUUGGUGCAUUCAGUGGUAUCCAGCAGACCGUCCAUCAAUGAAAGCUGCGAUUCACAUGUUAGAAGGAGAAGUAGACAGUUUGACAGUGCCGCCAAAUCCCUUCGGCCAUGCAGAUGCAGUGCAGAUGAGUGCCAACAUACCUAGGAAACCAAAUAACAGAGAACUACCAGUUAUCUUUGAAUUGGAAUAAAAUACUUUUACGUAUUCAAAUUCAACACAACUAUUGUCCUCUAAAUAAUUGGACUAUAUAAUGUAAACCAAGUAGUUAUUUUCCACUUUUCCUAUCCCUUCAUCCAUAUCAAAGUAAAGAUGUAACCUCGAGUCCUGAAAGUUUUAUAGAAUCAUUAAAAAGACUUGUAUCAACUGAACCAGCUAUCAUGCAAAUACAGAAUGUUUUUACAG